AUGCCUACUGACACUGCCCGCAAACUCCAGGAACGCAACGAUCUUGUCCGUCGAAUAAAGAACCACGGAUACGAACUACCUGAAAUGGAUUCUUGCUCGAACUGUGUGAGGCGAAACGUUACUUGCGUGUCGUCUCCAAAUGAUUCACGGCGGUGCGCCGAGUGCGUUCGUCGCAACUUGAAAGAAAAGUGUGACUGUAUGGGUCCUGAGCAUCCCGACUGGGUGAAGCUCGAACGGGAGGAGGAUCGCCUGGAUCGCAAAGAGGAAGAAACCCUUUUGAAGUUACUUCGUCUGCGGAAGCAGAAACGCCUCAUCCGAACCCGUAGUAAAGAUAUGCUCCGGCGAGGUUUGAAAACCCUCGACGAGCUUGAUGCGGCAGAGGAGGCCGAACGUGUGGCUGCUGAGAAGCGUGAUGUUGUUGAGGCCGAGGAACAGGCAGUUAGCGCUGCCUCCUCGUCUGUAACCGGGACCCCCGCUUCCUCCGAUCCACUGGCCUACUCCCCUGCAUCUUGGGAUCAAUGGCUCGCGGAUGGCGGCGUCGAUAUUCCUCCAGCAACACAGCAGAGACAGGGAGAUGAUCUCCCCCAGGACCUCCAUUGGAAGCGGAUGAAUACUAUCCUUCCUCGGACGAGUCAAAAAACUAGGAGUCCUCGACGGUAG